CCUCCUUCCCCCACCCGACGCCAGCCAGCCAGCCAGCCAGCCAGCUACCCCCUCCACUCCUUUGACCUUUCGCCAUGGCCCUCGCCUUGCCCGGGCUCAAAAUCCGCUUUGGCGCCGACGGCGACGAGCAAAAGUCCCGCGCCGACCUCGAAAAGGGAGGCGCUGCCCCGUCCUUCGUGGAGCACCAUGUCGCGCGCACACGCCGCUUCGUCUCCCAGAACCUCGCCUACAUCAUCAUCGUCUCCGCCGUCGUCGUCUUCGUGCGGAUAUACACCACGCGCACGCUCAUCACGCUCUCGAAUGUCCCCGAGGCCGCGAUCGUCGAGGUCGACCCGCACCCCAUCCCGCGCCUGAUCGCGGAGGCGGAGGAGCGCUUCGCACGCAAGGUCGCGCGCCAGAGCAAGACGCUGCCCGACGCCGCGGCCGAGUACCGCCGCCGCUACGGGCGCAACCCGCCCAAGGGCUUCGACAAGUGGUGGGCGUUCGCGCAGGAGAACGAGUUCGUGAUGGUGGACGAGUUCGACGGGCUGAUCGACGACCUCGCGCCGUUUUGGGAGAUUUCGGGCGAGGAGCUGUCGCGGCGGGCGCUGCAGGCCAUCGAGCUCCCCUCCAUCGACCUUGUGUCCAUCCGCGACGGCAAGUGGGCCAACAUCCGCAAGCAGGGCUUCGAGGACACCGAAGAAGGUGCUCGCGCCCACGGCUUCCGUGUCAUGUUGGAGAAGUUCGCCCAUGAGCUGCCUGAUCUCGUGUUUCCUAUCAAUGCAAAGGCGGAGGGGCGCAUCAUCAUCCCCUGGGAGCAUCGAGAGUACCCUAACAUGACCACGUACGACUACUCAGCUGGCAUCGAAUCUGUUCUCGGAGGUCCCUUCAUUCCGAGUUGGACAGGUGACGGCAGCGUCUGGAACUCCUGGCGGAGAACAUGCAAACCAACAGACCCCGCACGUCAGAUCUAUUCCGGCACGCGCAACAUAUUCUCGCCACCCCCUGUCGAUUAUCUCAAUACCUCCAAGUCUGCAAGCGAGCUCGGGCUGUCCUUUGAGAAGGAGACGCCUUCGAAGAUCGACUACUGCCAGCAGCCGGAGGAGCACUACAAUCAGGGUCACUUCUUCUCUGAUUGGCGCGUCAUCCCCAUGCUCUACCCCAUCUUCUCCCCCGCGAACACCCCCGGCUUCUACGACAUCAAGAUCCCCAGCCACUACUACUACGGCGGUACGCCCGAGUAUACGUACGCGUGGGACCAAGCGCACCUCGAGCAGAAGCCCGUCGACGACAUGGAGAAGCCGUGGGACGAGAAGAGCGACAAGGUGUUCUGGCGCGGCGCGACGACCGGCGGCGGUGGAAACCCCCCGGGCUUCUCCGCGCAGUAUCAGCGCCACCGCUUCGUGCGAAUGGCCUCCGAUAGCUCAGACAUGCCCAAGCCCGUCACGUUCGCGCACCCCGCCGACUCGGUGAACUACACGACGGUGCCCGUGCCCGUGAGCGCGCUCAACGAGGAGAUCAUGGACGUCGCGUUCACGAAGGCGACGAACCCCGCUGAGUACCCGGGCGGCCUCGAGGCCCUGCAGGCCGCGCACCGCUUCGCCGACCCUGUCCCAUUGGGCGCGCAUUGGUCGUACAAAUACCUCGUCGACCUCGACGGCAUGAGCUACUCGGGCCGCUUCAUGGCGUUCCUCGCGAGCGACUCCGUGCCCGUGAAGGCGACGCUCUACCGCGAGUUCUUCUCGGACUGGAUCGAGCCGUGGGUGCACUUCAUCCCGAUGUCGCUCAACUACUCCGAGAUCUACAACAUCCACUCGUACUUCUCGGGCGGGCCGAAGGUCGCGCUUGAUCUUUUGGAAGCGUCCGAGGGCACCAACGCUACGGGUCCGAAUGCGGAUGACGCGGAGACUGCGCUGUCGGUGAUGCAGGCGCGCGAGCGGCGACCAAGUGGCGACGAGCGGCUGCACAAGAUCGCGCAGGAGGGCAAGAAGUGGAAGAACUCGAUCGGCCGGAAGGUCGACAUGGAGGUAUACGUCUACCGCCUCUGCCUGGAGUAUGCUCGGCUAUCCGCCAGCGACCGCAGCUCCAUGGAUUACCUUGACUGAUAUAUCGAACUAGACUGGGGGCUGGCCCCGCGCUACUGAUAGGUCGUGAUGCUCCGGCUUCGGGUGCUUUGACUCGCUAGGCUUUCUAAUCACCGCUUACCACUAUGUGUGACCUCGCGUUUAUGCGUCGAGCUCGAACACUUUAUUGCUCUUACUUACCCCGUCAUCAUUUUGCUGGUAGCUUAGCGAGGCACGUAUCCUAAAGGCGCUUGUAGACUAGUAUUUAUACAUGGAUCUAUCCGACUAAUGGCAUCUCAUACCUUCUA